GGCCGGAAGAGGAAGGCCGCCGGGCGCCGAAGAGAGCCGGGGAGGAGCCGCCGCCCGCAGCAUCCCUAGGGACGGCUCUCGGCGGGCGGAGGAGCGAUAUAAAUGUAAUUGUUUAGGAUCAGAGCACUUGGGAACAUGGCUCUGAGAGAGAGAGAAGCCAGCAGCAGCUCCGCUGAUGACAAGCAAGAGCAGAACUGCAGUCGUGUUAUUACGAUUGUCUUCCUGGCACUCCUCAUCGACUUGUUGGGAUUCGCUCUCAUCUUGCCGUUGUUUCCUUCCAUCCUUGAUUAUUACAGCCAGACUGAGGAUGGAUUCUAUUUGUCAUUGCAACGUGGUGUGGACUGGUUUGCAGCAAUGGUUGGAAUGCCUCCAGAGAGGAAAUACAACAGUGUCUUGUUUGGAGGUCUGAUUGGCUCAAUGUUUUCCAUCCUGCAGUUUUUCUCCUCUCCCCUCACUGGAGCUGUAUCAGACUGCUUGGGCAGAAGGCCGGUCAUCUUGAUGACAGCGAUGGGUUUGAUAACAUCUUAUGCACUAUGGGCUGCAUCUCGGUCUUUUGGCGUUUUUCUUCUGUCCAGAAUGAUAGGUGGAAUAAGCAAAGGGAAUGUCAGCCUCUGCACAGCUAUAAUUGCUGACUUGGGCUCUCCAAAAGCACGGAGCAAGGGCAUGGCAAUGAUUGGUGUUGCUUUCUCCCUUGGUUUUACCCUGGGUCCCAUGAUUGGAGCUUAUCUAGCCAUGGAGACAGAAAAAGGAGAAGUCUUCUACCUCCGUUCAGCACUAUUAGCACUCACGUUUGCUGCAGCUGACUUGAUUUUCAUCUUCUUCCUGCUUCCAGAGACACUUCCCAAAGAAAAACGGGUCUCCUCUGUGACAACCAGGUUUCAGGCAGCAGCUGACCUGCUCAGUCCUUUGGCUUUAUUUCGGUUCUCUGCAGUCACUCAAGGAAAGGAGGCCCCUUCAGAUCAGAAUCUUCAGAACCUCAAAAUCUUGGGCCUGGCUUACUUCCUGUACCUCUUCCUGUUUUCUGGAUUGGAGUAUACGCUGAGUUUUCUUACUCACCAGCGAUUCCAGUUCAGCAGUAUGCAGCAGGGCAAGAUGUUUUUCUUUAUUGGAAUAACAAUGGCUGUGAUCCAGGGAGGCUAUGCUCGCCGAAUAAAGCCAGGAAAUGAAAUCAGAGCCGUAAAAAGGGCCAUUUUGUUGUUGAUUCCAGCAUUCCUGUUAAUUGGAUGGGCUGCAAAUGUGACCCUGCUGAGCGCUGGACUGUUGCUGUACUCGUUUGCUGCUGCCAUUGUUAUCCCGUGUUUGUCUGCAGUGGUUUCAGGCUACGGUUCUGCCAGCCAAAAAGGAAGAGUCAUGGGGAUCCUGAGGAGCCUGGGGGCCCUUGCGAGGGCGCUGGGACCUGUCCUGUCAGCCACGGCAGACAAAGGAGGAGUAGGCAAAGGCAAGAAGAAACCAGAGCUAUCACCAGUUUCCAAGGACCUCCCCACCACCCGAUUCUCACCACCUGAGUCCACUGACCAAACUGGGAGAAGAGGAUGUUGUGGAAAGCAAGGUGCAACGACCACAUGCAGUAACAGCGGGCUGCAGAUCUCUUAUGGCCUCCACAAACACUUCAGCUGACAGCCUCACAACUGCCUUGGCCAGUUUUGAAAAUGAAACCAAAAAAAAGAAAACAAAACAUGCUGCAGUUUAGAAAAAUAUGAAGACCAUCAGACGAGGCUUGGCAAGCUGAGACCGGCCUUACGGCAGCGCUGCUGCACACCGUGCCCCAAAACGACAGCUGGACAUCAAGUGCUGCUGCCACCACACUGCAGCCCAUAAGGAGCUGCUCUCUGCGCAUCUCCUUUGCCAUCAGCACAAGCCUGGUGAACCCCACUGCCCAAAGCCUCCACAAAGAGGAUUCUUCUGCCUCCAGCUAGCAGAGAACAAAUGUACAGGAGCUGUCUGACAGACACGGGAUGCUGCACUGCCAGUGAUGAGAGCCGCACAAGUUAUCUGUCAGUGGAGCUGGUAAGAGCCGUAUCAACUGCCUUAAAACCUGACAACCAAAAAGAAGAGCAAGCAGCACGCUCCAGGCUUCCUGAGCCUGACUGGUACUUUGGUCUUCAAUGGAUUGGUUUUACUGCACUUAAAAUUAAAUUGAGCUGUUUUAUAUUUCUGGUACUGCAUGUUUUUUGAUGACCAACCACUGUUCGUUUACAUUACAAAUAAACUGUUACAUUGUGCACUCAUCCAGUCAGUAAUCAGUGCAAACCCAACACUUCUACUAUGAUUUGGCACAGCAAAACUGGAGUCCAGGAGCCCACAGCAGGGACCAGAAUCCUCCAGCAGCCAACAGUGCUUCCAGCAGGGCUGGGGCAGGUUCAGCAGAGGUUGUGCUGGAAGGCCAGGGGAGGGAAGGGGUUUAGGGGAAGACGAAGGACCCCUCCACCUUCUCACCACACCCACCUUCUAUUUGAGCUCAGCUGGUUCGGCUUUUUAGGGACCAGUUCCUGCCAACUGCUCAGGUAGAAUGCCUGGGAAGGAAGCCCUGCAGGAGCCAGUUUAAGUAUUGUUUCCAAGAAUACAUUAAAUCAAUGAUAAAUGACUAACAGAAAAUGGAGCUAAUUAAUUAAAUGUUCAGGUUUACAGCUGUAGAACAGCAGAAGUUUUGAAAGCAAAUAGGAAUGUGCUUUUUUUAAAGAGUUUUAUUUGUGAGUAGAACUUAAUUGAUACAAGAAAAAGAAAAAUACAGGACUUUAAUUUGCCCCAGAGUGUGUAACCAUACCAUACAUGACUACGUUUCAUUUGUAAUACAAAGAAUUAAAAGAACAAACUACAAAAUUUGAAAUUAAAAGUCAUUGCAUAUGUGGUCAAAGAUAAAUGGAGGGACUCCAUUACUGAACUGAAACAUAGAGCAAUUAGUAAUUUAAUUACGACCCUGCAAUAAAACACAAUUUAGCAAAAUAA